GUGGUAAGUGUGACCACGCAUGCGUCCGCCACAAGCGAUAGCGAUAGUAAAGUCCAGGCUUCGCCCGGCGUGCCCAUCUCUAGCCAAAAACGACCUUUUCGCCAGAAAUCGUUUUACCGUUUACAGUCGCAGAUACGCAACGGCAAUUCGCAGUCCCAGUGUAGCGUUCAAUUUUUUUCCAGUGCGACUCCUCCAAACAAAAGCGAAGUGGAAAAGGAGGCGAAGAUAAAGGAAGCCCAAGAGCGAAACUCCAAAUUGCGAAUCAGCAAAGGAUCAAUGGAGGCAACGAAAUAAGUAAAAGAACCAGUGCGAACAAUGUGCGAAAAGUGGGUAACGCGAGCGGCGUGGUCGUUUCCGUCGGAGAGCGGAUAAUAUAGCACAUAGUAGUAUAUUGUAGUAGUGGAUGUGGAUGGUGUGGAACGAUUGCGAACGGACGCAGACCGAAACAAAAGUGAAAACGUGCAAAAAACCAAACCCAAAAACAAAUUCAACCGAGAAGUAGAAGCAAGCGGCAAAGAAGAGAGCGAGAGGGCGACCAAUACAAAAGCGACAAAAUGUGCGACGCUGCGGCGGCAACAGCGACAACAACAACAGCAGUAGCAGCAGCCGUCGCAACAACAACAGCAUCGGUAGCAUUGGAGGCCACAGCGACACAGCCUGGAACGACAACGACGACGACGGCGGUAGCCACUGCGUCAGCGGGAACCACAUCCCCUGAAGCGGCCAUUCCAACAGCAGCAAUAGCAACAUCGGCGAAACACAGCAACAGCGAACGGUCGGCGCGACAAAACUGCUGUCGCCUGUGCAUCGCCCCACAAACCGAAUGCAUCUCGAUCAUCAAUAGCUAUGCGGCGGACAAGGAGCCGCUGUCCACCAAGAUCCUCAACUGCGUCGGCAUCAAGGUUACACCGCAGGAUCGGCUGUCGCAGCAAAUUUGCCACGCCUGCAUCAGUUACCUGAACUCGUGGCAGAGCUUCAAGAACCGGUGCUUCAGCUCGCAGGCGAAGCAGCGCCAGUGGCUGGAUAACAACAAGAGCAAGCUCCUCAACUACCUGGACCUGAACAGUGCCGAGAAUGGGGGAGGAGGCUUCUUCGAUCAGCAUCUGCAUCAGCAACAGCAACACCACCAGCACUUGGAGAAUGAGCUCGAAGCGGAGAAGGAGAAGGCGACGCCAACGGCCGCAUCGACAGCCGCCAACAUAUUGGACGGCAUACACUCGCUGAAGAAACGCAAAUCCCUAACAGUCUAUCCACUGCCUGCGAUGCCCAUCAAAGAUGAGCCGAUUGAUACGGAUGACGACUACCAGAUGAAGUCCAUAGACGAGUCCGAUGACAUGGUCGAUCCCACAAUGUUCCUAGAGCGCUCCGAGCACGAGGGCGAUGUGCCGCUGACGGCCUCGGAUUACGACUACACUGCGCAGCAUGGCGUGAAUGCCUCGUCCGUGGCUGCCUCGCUGCCGCCGAAUGCGGUGGCCAAUGUGGCAGCCGCCGGGGACUCCAAGGUGGCCAGCUGCAGGGCCUGCAGCCUGCAGUUCUCUACCCGGGCCAACGCCCGUCGCCACGAAAGGAAUCUGCACCCAAACCUGUUCCAGUUGUCCACAGACUCCCCCCACAACACACCCAUCACAAAGCCGACGCCCGCUUUGGCUGCCGCCUUGGAAAUCCAACGGGCAGCGGCCGCGGCGGCCACCGCUGAGGCAAAUCGGGCAGCGGGCGCCGCUGGCGGGAAUAUCUCCACGCAAAAGUAUCGCCAGGUGGUGAUGAACGCGUUCAUUAAGUGCGAGGGCGGCGGCUACGACUACGAUAAUCCCGAACAGUACCGACCACUGCUCACCCGCGACAAAGUGGAGUUCAUUGAGCAGAACGACGAGUUCCUCGAGCAAUACCAGACGAUGACCUGCCGAUGUUGCAACAAGUACUUUAGCACGUACAAGAACUUCAUGGCGCACGUUCGCAAGAAGUAUCCGCAGCUGCCGCGCAACCUAUGCUUCAAUUGCCUCAAGAUGAACGACUCCAAGGCGCUGUUCAUCUCGCAUCUGAAGAAGCGGAAUUGCAUAAAUCUCUUUAGAGUCUUGAAUGCGCUGCGUGGGAAAACAACGACAGUGGUUGUGCCCAUUGCAGAUGAUGGGGCUGACGAUGGAGCAACAGGAGCGGUUCCAGUUGCCGAUGCCGGAGCAGGAGUGAUGGCCAUGAAUAGUCCCACAGUGACAGCCAGCGGAGAAGUUGUUACACCCGGCGGCGGCUCCGAACGCCCAGAGAAACUGCGUGCCAAGGAGCUGCUAGUCAACAAACUGUACGAGUGCAAGCUCUGUCCCAAGGGAUUCCGCACCAAGCACGAGUUCCGCACGCAUGUCUACGACAAGCACGCAGAUGUCCAGCGCAAGGAUAACAACUCGAUACAGUGCAGCUUCUGCGGACUGGACUUUGCCGAUCCCGUGGACAGACGGCGGCACUACAACAACAUGGACUGCAUUGUCCGGCUGCGCUGCAUGACGUGCGAUGCCAAGCUGGAAACGCACCAGCGUUUCCUCGAUCAUGUCUACCAGGAUCACUUGGGCGGCGUGGGUGGUGGCGCGGUCAGCGACAAUGCCUCCACCACUGGCAGCGGCAUGGCCAGGAGCAACAGCAUGGAACACUCGCCGGGCAAGAGGAGCCUGCUCGGCGCCCUAGGCGUUGGUUCCUCGGCGGAGGAGUCGCGAAGCAGCAGUGCGGCUCCGCCGCUGACCUCUACACCAAAACUGGCGGGCGGUAAUCAGGUGGGUGGCGGUGGAUCGACCAGCGCAUCUGCCGCCGCAGCCGCUCAGAGCUCGGCGAAUCGCGAUGCAUCCGCACCCAAAUCCCAGUACUUCUCCCGCAUGCCGCAGGUUUGCCCCAUUUGCGGCCAGCAGUACAACAACUACAACAAUGUGCUGCGCCACAUGGAAUCGAAGCAUCCGAACAAACUGCCAGAGACAUACAAGUGCGUGCGCUGCGGACUGGGCUAUCCACGGAUCUCCUACCUGCGGGAGCACAUGAUCAAUGUGCACGGAGUGGACAAGAAUCGUCACUCUGGCGGCUUCGAGUACAUCGUGAAUGCGGAUGCCGUGAAGUUGGCGGACGGAAGUACGCCGAACGUCUACACGGGUCGCUACGAUUACGUGAUGAAGGACCUGAUGUCGAUAACAAAUGGUGGGACACUCGAUGAUGACGAGGAGGAGCCUGGCAGCGUGGCCAAGAAGAUGCGCCUGGAUGACAGCAGCAACAACAGCAGCCUGGUGGGCGUGGCUAGCCAGCAGAAGGAGUGCCCCAUCUGCAAUGCGGUGUUCAGCAACAACAUUGGCCUGUCCAAUCACAUGCGCUCCCACUAUACAGCCUCGAAUGCAGUGAAUGCAGCCUUGGCGGCUGCCAAUCGAAUGACACCCAAAUCGCUAACGAUUACCGCAACGCCAGCAACGGAUUCGGAGUUCGGAGUUGGCGGAACAAUGUCCGAGUCGGCUCCAGCAACGCCUGCCAAUGUGCCACCGGCAAUGGCCAAUCAAACGCCCCAGGAGCAGGCAGUUUUUCGCCGGAGCCUUGACCAGGCAGCCGAUCGACGCUUCCGGCGAAUGCGCUGCCGCAUCUGCCAGCGUCGCUUCAGUUCGAAGAAGUCCUAUCGCUACCACAUGCUCACCGAUCAUCAGGUGCAGAAUGUGCAGUUCAUCAAAUGCAAGCUGUGCAACGCAGAGUUUGCCUACGAGAAGGGCCUGAAGGUGCAUCUGUUCAAGGUGCACGGAAGGGCCAUCAAGGAUGAAAUGAUUAUCAAGCAGUUCGAGUGUGAGGUUUGCUCGAUUGUCUAUAGUUCAGAGUCGGAGCUGCAGCAGCACAAACGCAGCGUUCACAAGCUGACAUCCGCCUCCGCUUCCACAUCGGCGUCCACGUCCUCUAAGAUCGACGACGACUCUCUAAUGGAUGAGGGCAAGCCGACAUCAUCGGAUCUAGCUGAUCUCUCCACCCUCGCGGCGGGUGGAUCCACUGCAUCUGCUCCACUGUACUGGUACCAGUGCAAGUACUGUCCAUCAAACUUUAACACCAACAAGAAGCUGGCCAUCCACAUCAACUCGCACGACGAGUUUGACUCGAACGAUUAUUCCUGCAAAGAUUGCGGAAAUGUCUACAGCGGACGCAAGAGUCUAUGGGUUCAUCGCUAUAAGAAGCAUCCGCAAGUGCCCAACCCAGCUGAGUGCUCGCUGUGCCGCAAGGUCUUCUUCGACCGCCAGAUGCAUGACAACCACACGCCCACCUGCAACCGCAAGCCGAUCACCUCGACCGGUGCCCACCAGCAGCAGGAUGGACAGCUGCAUUCGCACCACACGACCAAAAGAACAAUUUUCCGGCAUAAGACCGGCGAUGACGAUGACGAGGAGGAUGACGAUGAGCAGCAGCAACUGGAGGAGAGGGCCAAUAGCGAUGGCAAUGGCACCACUGUGGGAGUGGCGUCGGGCAGUACUGCAACUGCGGGCACGUCACUGAAGAUCCGCAUUCCGGAGGUGGCGUGCACCAUUUGCGGCGCUCGCUUCACCGACCAGGAGCACUUUAGCAAGCACAUCCAGAAGCACGAGCAAGAGCUGUACGUGGACAAUCCGCUGGCGGCGAUGUUCGAUGAUGGGCCGGCGGAUGCCGGUCAGUUCCAGGUGGAGCGGCAGAAUGAGAACGGGGAAUACGCGUGCGAUUUGUGCGCCAAGACGUUCCCCCAGGUGAUCGCACUCAAGGUGCAUCGCAAGUGGCAUUUCAGAGGUGAUAGCAAGCAGAACCCCAUCGACGGCGAAGCGACACAGUUGACCAACAACAAUCACACAACCAACAACAACAACAACUCGAUGCACCUCCGCGAGCUGCAUGCGGUGGGCCUGAUGCCCAACCAGCAGCAGCAGAGCCUCAACAACUCGUGCAACAACAGCAUGAACCACAACAACAACAGCAGCAGCAACCGCAGCAAGUCGAUGAAGCGGAAACGUGAGCUGAAAUGCGAAUACUGCGCCUCCACCUUCAUCAGCAAUAACAAUCUGCGUCGCCACAUGUACGAGCUGCACAAACACGAGGUAAGCAAUCUGCCCGAGCCGCCGGUGAUUGUGGUGGACGAUCACCUCACCUGCCGUCGCUGUCAGUUGAAGUUCGACACAAAGGAGCUGUGGAUCGAGCACAAGCUGGCCGAUGCGAAGGUGGUGCGACCUUUCUGCCCCUUCCAGUGGGGCUGUGAUCUGUGCGGCGAGUAUCUGUCGCGCAAGGAGAAGCUGAUGAACCAUAUUAACAACCAUUUGAAGGAGGAUGUCAUAGUGCCAGUGGCCACUAAGGCGGCCAUUGAGAGAACAGCGGCCAUGGAAUCAGCGGCAGUAGAUGCGAAUGCAGCGGCGACACUAUCAGCAUUGGGCGACGGAGCCGAAACUGAAGAUCAGUUUGCAGAGAAGGGUGAGGCUGCAGGAGGAACAACAGCAGAUAAGUUGGCGAAUCCCGACGAGGAGGAUAGCGAUGAUUUGGAUGAGGAUAGCUCGGGCGACGACGAUGAUAGUUCGGGCACGGGAGAUGAUGACGACACCGACGAUGAUGAGGAUGGCGAGGGUGAAGAUGAGGACGAGGAGGGAGAUGGUGGCGAAGGCGAGGACGAAGAAGGUGUCCAGCCACCCGCUCAACUUUUGCCGCAGCAGCUACACAAAGCGGAUCUUAAUCAGGACGACGAUGAUCUCGUCGAGGAGGUCAUCAGCUCCGAUGACGACGAUGACGAUGAUGGAGAGGUGGAAAGCGACGAUGACGACGAAGAUGAUGAUGAUGAGGAGGACGAUGUGGAGGAGCCGGAGCCAGUGGGAUUGGCGGUGCGACCGCUUAUGAAUGGCAAAUCAAAGAUGCCGCCGCUGAUAGUGGCCAGUUCGGAUGAUGAAGACGAUGGUGUGAUGCCCAUAGAGGACAUUAUCGAAGAGGAGUUCGAUGAGGAUGCCGAUCCAGAUCCGGAGGAUGCCAUUGAGGAGGUAGACGAAGAUGAUUUAGAUGAGGGGGAUGUGGAGGACGAGCCGAAUGUGGUGUCGACGGCCUCUUUCUCGGAGAGCGAGUCCAGCACAACGACCACGUCCAAUUCGCAUUCGCAUUCGCAUUCAACGGGUGAGCGGCGUAAGAAGGCCGUCGAUCAGUUGAAUGAUCCCGGCUUUACCUGUGAUCUAUGUCAACUUUGUUUCGAUUCUCAGGAGCUUCUCCAGAGCCACAUCAAAAGCCAUAUCCUCAAUGGGCCAAAGCUCUCGACAGCGUCAGCGUCAGCAGCAGCAGCAGCAGCAGCCGCCGCCACAGCAAGCAGCAAGGCAACAGCAUUACUAACGGCAGCAAAGGCGAAGCCUGACUCCAAGUCAGCGGUGCUGGCCAACAAUAAUAACAGCAAGACAAGCAGCAAGACUGUGGCAGCAGCUGCGACACAUUGAGUGAUCAUACUCCAACUCCAACUCCAACUCCAACUACCACAACCACUAC